AUGCAAGAGGUCGAAAUUCUUCCACGAGAUGUUUAUAUCCAUUACCUUAAUGUUCCAAAGGGAAAAGUCAUUUUAUGGUGGUUUUCUACUAAAAAGAAAAAUAUUUCUUUUGGCUUAUUUCAGAGAAAAGAUCAUAUCGUGACUCCUAGAAACGUCUUUAUCGCGGCUCCAAAUGCUGCGGAAGCUUAUCAAGACGUAAACUUAACUGGUCAAAUAUCUCCCACAAAGACUCCAAUCUCAGAACAUAGACCUUCAUCAAAAAGUUUAGCAUCUAGCCUUAAAAGUAGAAAUUCUAUAGAUACUUGUCAGACUGAAGAAAAUGAUGAUAUAAAUGAGGAUGAUACGAAUUCUACUUUAAAUAGUCUACAAAGUAGAGGACGCAAGAAAUCCGUAUCGGCCCAAAUUGCUAAGGAUCCAAGUUUAAAAGAAAUAUUACCCAUUGAACAUUACAAUUCUGCUACCACUACAAUUAAAGGCAGUUAUAAAGCAACUGAAGAAGGAACAUAUUGUUUAUGUUUUGAUAUUGAAGAAGAUCAAAAUGAACCUGAAAUAUCCGGCUGGCUAUUAAAAAAGAAGAGGAAAAAAAUGCAAGGUUGGGCGAAACGUUGGGUUGAAAUUGACAAUGGGGUUCUUUCAUAUUACCAACAUCCCCAUAGUCCAUGUCGAGGGAAAAUACAUAUUGUUCUUUCAACUGUUGCUUCUAAUCAAUCUUAUCGUUCAAUACAUUUGGAUUCUGGAACUGCAACUUAUCAUUUAAAGGCAUUAACAAAUGAUGAAUUUGAUGCUUGGAUGACGGUUAUUCGUAAAUACGUGAAUCAUUCUAAUGAAAAACAAUUUAAUGAUUCUGAAUAUCAUAGGGCAUCAUUUUACCAACAACCUGGUGAAAUGGAAAGACUCCAAAGCUUAUACUUUAAACGACAAGGCUUACUAGAAAGACGACAAAGUUUAAAUAAAACAAGUGAUCAAUAUAAUUUAGAUGAAGAUCUUGGAAAAAUUUAUGGUGUAUUUAAUAACAUGGACAAUGAAUUUAAUACUAUUAAAGAAAAUUUAGAUGUUCUUAAAAAUACCAUCGAAGGUUUAAUUCUUAAUAAUAAUAAUUUAAAUCAACCUCAACCAAGUCCAAAUAAUGAAGGAAAAUCACGCAAAAAAUUUACUCUAUCUUUGCAACGAGGUAUAACUACUCCUCAAUCAGAGACAAUCAAACCACCAUCUCCUGUCCCAAUGCAAAUGACAUUAGACCAAAUUUAUGAUAAAUUAUCUAUGAAUGUCACAACUUUAAAAAAAGAAAAGGACCAAGCUUUUAAUUUGUUACGUGUUGAAAUUGAAAAAUGGAAAUUGAUCGAUCGUGCUUAUCGUAAACUUGCUGCCGAAAAUGUUGGUUUAAAUGAGUCUCAUGUUAAAAAUGAUAGUUUUGACGAAAGGCUAGAGCAUGGACCUAAUGAUAUAAAUUAUGAAAUAUCGGAUAAUAUUAAUGGCAUUAAUAAAACAAGAUCAAUGUCUAUGAGCACUAUAAAUACUCACUCUGAAUUAUUUUUUGAUGCUGAAGAUAUUGACUUAACCGAAGAUUUAUCUGCAACUGAAAGUGAUAUGGAUAUAAAUAACGCCAAUAUCAGUGAUGAAGAAAGUGAUUCUAGUCCUGCAUUUAUUCAACCAGUCUCAGAUGGGAUGUAUGAUAAACCCACUAUUGUAAAUGAUUCUAGUGAUAGUCAACCAAUGAUAAUACAAAGAAGAAAAGUUCUUCCUGCUCCAAUUUGUGGUGAAGAUGUUAGUUUGCUUGCUAUUUUAAGAAAAAAUGUUGGUAAAGACUUAUCAACUGUUUCAAUGCCAAUUUCUUUAAAUGAGCCAAUAAAUAUUUUACAAAAUAUGGCUGAAGGAUUAGAAUAUAGUGAAUUAUUAGAUAAAGCUGCGAGUUUAAAAAAUUCAAUGGAAAGAUUAAUAUAUGUAGCUGCAUUCGCUGUGUCAGGGUAUGCAUCUACUUAUUUUAGGACUGGUAGGAAACCUUUUAAUCCACUUCAUGGCGAAACAUACGAGUGCGUUCGACCAGAUAAAGGUUUUAGGCUUAUUUCCGAAAAAGUUAGUCACCAUCCACCAAUAAUGGCUUGUCAUGCAGAUUCUUUAAAUUGGAGUUAUUGGCAAGAUUCGAAAGUGAAAAGCAAAUUUUGGGGUAAAUCGAUGGAGCUCAUACCAAUCGGUACAAUACACAUAACUAUACCAAAAUACAAUGAUCAUUUUACAUUUUCAAAACCUUCAACAUGGGUACGUAAUAUGAUAUCCGGGACAAAAUAUUUUGAACAUGCUGGAGUGAUGCGAAUAGAAAAUAGAUCAACGGGUGAAGCUUGUGAAAUUACAUUUAAUCAAAGUGGAAUGUGGAGUAGAGUUCCAAAUAGUGAUAUAGUUGGAAUAUUAUUUUCAGCAAAGGGUGAAAAAUCUGGAAGGCUUGUUGGUAAAUGGAAUGAAAUAAUAUGUCAUGAAAAAGGUCCAAAUCAAUUAGAAGUAAUCUGGAAAGCACAUCCUCCAAUAUCAGAUUAUGAACAAUAUUAUGGAUUUACUCAAUUUUGUAUAGAAUUAAAUGAAUUAACACCGGAUCUUGAUGGACAUUUACCAAGUACUGAUACCAGAUUUAGACCAGAUCAAAGACUUUUUGAGAAUGGUGAAGUUGAAAAAGCAGAAGCUGAAAAACUUCGAUUAGAACAAAAGCAAAGAGAAUAUAGAAAGUUGCUUGAGGAAAGAGGAGAAACGUGGGUUCCACAAUGGUUUAAAUUAGAAGGUGAAGAGUGGGUUUAUAAAGGUGGUUAUUGGGAGGCGAGAGAGAAUAAAAAUUUUAAAACAAAACUUCAGUUAUGGUAA